AUGGCAUCAACUAUUGGAAAACUGAUUCCCCUCGUUAUUGCGAUUCUCUUCGUAUCUGCCGUCGCGUGGGUUCUAUACCAAGUUUAUGAGUCGGCAACCAAAAUACGCGACACAGCAUCGGAGCGCAUGGGCAAGAAGAACGUCGUCUUCACCAAGGACGGCGUGCGAGUAGGUGUAAAGCAUGUACAGAAUGAGAAAUAUGUCGAUAAGACCCAGAGCUGGGUUGUAAAGGCUUGGAAUCUUGGCCAGCAAAAGCCAAACGAGGAAACGUAA